UGAAGACACCUCUGUCUCUUUCCAAACACGCCAAUCCUCCUUCGCUCGUUCCGAGUGUAAAAAGUGCACACGAGUGUGGCUGAGUGCGGCCGUGAAAAAGAUUUACAGGUUCCUUUUAGCUACGUUUUCCGCACUUCCCUUCUCCGCGCGAUUUGAUACGAUUUUAAUUCCGCGUUUAAAUGGUCUAAGAAGACCAGCGAAAGAAAGCGAACAUAAUCUCGUCCCCUCUCGACUGCACUCUACUUCGUCACUCACGGUGCUCCGGUCUCAGCGUUCGUUGUUGGAGGUUACGUGUUCCUUCUUCGCCGACGGAAAGGUUAUGUACAAUCGUGGUAUGUCGCGGAGCGUACAGCGCGAACGAUGAACAAAUUGUUGUCCACGCCAAUCAGGGAGGUUAGUCAGAGGAUCUACUGUGGCACGGUGCGCCCGUCCGAGGUCUGCGAGGCGUCCGUUAAGUUAACGUCGAUCGUCAAGCCUUUGAACGCUUACAUUACUGUAACGGACGAUGUUGCGCGAGACCAGGCGAGCGACGCGGACAGGAGGCAACAGAGGAACUCGUUGCUGGGGCAACUCGACGGCAUCCCCGUCGCUAUCAAAGACAAUUACUGCGUCAAGGGUAAACCUACGACUUGCGCCUCUCGUAUGUUAGCCAACUUCUGCCCCGGCUAUGAUGCCACGGUCUUUGAGAGGCUCAGGAAGCAGGGUGCUGUCUUAAUCGGCAAGACUAAUCUCGAUGAAUUCGCCAUGGGCUCCGGUACUAUAGACUCGCUUUAUGGGCCGACCAAGAAUUUAUGGGGCUCGGAAGUGUUGUCACAAUUCUAUUCGUGCAAGUCUGACGUUUCACAGCCUGCUUCGGGGGAACCGCAGGAGAAAAGCACAUGGCACAUAGCAGGUGGCAGUAGCGGAGGUUCCGCAGUUGCAGUGGCCACAGGUACCUGCUACGCAGCCCUGGGCUCGGACACCGGUGGUUCCACUCGCAAUCCUGCGUCAUACUGCGGUCUGAUCGGCCUGAAGCCGACUUAUGGUCUGGUGUCUCGUUAUGGGCUCAUUCCGCUGCUGAAUUCGAUGGACGUGCCUGGUAUUCUCGCGAGAACGGUGGACGACGCUGCGCUCAUCUUGAACGCUGUAGCCGGGCCUGACCCUUCGGAUCCCACUACCGUGCAGAGGGAGUACCAGCCGAUCGCCUUGCCCGAGACGAUAGACGUCAGUAAUCUCAAUAUCGGUAUACCGAAGGAGUACGGGGUGCCCGGUAUAAGCGAGGAGGUGCAGGCGUGUUGGGACGAGGUCUCCCGUCAGCUGACGGAAGCGGGGGCGAACAUAGUGCCGGUGUCUUUACCACACACCGACUACUCCAUCGUGUGUUACUCGGUGUUGAAUCGAUGCGACGUGGCGAGCAAUUUAGCCUGCUACGACGGUAUCGAGUACGGCCACAGAGUUGACGAAUGGAGCACGGCUCACGAACUGUACAAGAAGACCAGAUCGGAGGGCUUCAACGACGUGGUCAAAGGUCGCAUACUGGUCGGAAAUUAUUUCCUAUUGGCCGAGAAUUACAAGGAGUAUUACGUGAAAGCGAUGAAGAUGCGCCGAUUAAUCGCCCAGGAUUUCGACGUCCUAUGGGACAACAACGUGGACCUCCUGUUGACCCCGACCACGUUGACCGAUGCGCCUCGUUACGAGGAUUUCGUGUUGUUGGACAAUCAGACGCAGUGUCUGAUUCAGGACCACUGUACGCAACCGGCGAACAUGGCCGGUUUGCCCGCGAUCAACGUGCCGAUCAAGCUCUCCCGCCGAGGUCUACCCUUGUCCCUGCAAUUAAUCGCGCCGUCUUUCCACGAGCACAGGCUACUUACUGCGGCGAAGAUGAUCGAGCAGACGGUGCGAUUCCCGCGACUCGAACUGAAAGACUCGUGUUUGCUCGAGUAAAACACGCCCUUCUGUUACCGCGUCUCUUUUAAUCGCAGUCGUUUCGUUUUACUUUUAUGUGUUAUGUCAGGAGCCUGAGUUCGCUGAAUUUUGCGCGUACUGCGUAACGAUCGCGCGAUCGAUUGUUCACGGGUCGCCAGUACUUACGGUUUCGCACAUGCAUUCAUCGGAAUGUUACACGUGCAAUUAGAACGAGAAUUAGUACGCAGAGAUUUCCCGACGCAACGGCCGUAACCCUGAGGCCUGUGGCGCAAACAAAUUAUAUCUCGGUGUGCCAUUGGCCGUAUCUGAAAUUCUAUUUGUCGAGUAACGGCGCCUUCGCCUUUGCGAGCAAACGAUCCUCGUCUUACUACAGGUUGCACCAUAUCGUUCGUCGCAAACGAAGUACGAAAGGGCAAAAUGCGAAACUGCGGGAUUCCCUUCGUGUCGUUAAAUUAAUUCCCUGCUGGAGCUCCGCAGCUACCGGUUGCGACACGCGAGGCCGAAGUAACGAGCGAUUUUUCGAACAUGGUAUAUAUAUAUAUAUAUAUAUAUAUAUACACAUAUACAUAUAUACAUACAUCUGUUUUCGUGUAAAUAAAAUGCGUUGUUAC